GUGAAGGGGCAGUUGAACUGUCUAUAGUAGGGGGACAGCAUGGAGAGGGUCACGCACGACGACGACGACAUGCUGCCACAAUGCCUCAAGAAGAGUACACUGCCGCCGCAACCGAGACCGCGCUUCGUGGACCGCACGGGGAAACCGCUACUGCGUUCUCGAACUCGACCAAAUCCUGGAUAUAUGUCUCGUGGCGUCCUCAAGUACGUUCCAGCGGUCGACGAUCGGUCCUGAUGCUGUGUCAUGGGAAUGGACAGUAUAUCUCGAACAGGGGGCAACUGGAAGCAAAUCUACUGGAAUGAUGUGUACCACACGGUGAUCAAUGUGAAGACGCGGUCGCUUAUCUUAGGCGUUGCCGUGGCGUACGUGCUGGUCACGCUGUUCUUUGCAGUCAUGUACUUGGUCGUAUCGUACAACGACGAGAAAUGCAACGUCGGCAUCAAGACGCUCGCGGAAGCGUACAUCUUUUCGAUCGAGACGAUUAUGACGAUUGGGUAUGGCGCUCCGACGAACGACAUCUUCUACGGCAGCUGCGGGUCCAUGGCGCUUCUUCUUACGCUCGAGAGCUUUUCUGGCAUUUUUAUCAAUUCGCUGAUGGUGGGCAUGUUCUUCAUCCACUUUUCCCGCGCGUCGACUCGAGCGCAAUCCAUCGUCUUCACAAACAACGCGGUCAUUCGACGCAUCCGAGAUGAGUACUACUUCAUCUUCCAAGUGUGUGAGCGUCGGAAGCAUCAGCUCGUGGAAGCGCAUAUCCGUUGCUACGCAGUCCGCGACGAAAUUGACGCGAACGGCGACGAGACCGUAUUCCAGACGCACAGUAUGCGGCUGCAGCAGCCCGACGAUGACCUGGGAUCGUACUUGCUCAUGGCGAUGCCGCAGUUGGUGGUGCACCGCAUCGACCAAUGGAGCCCCCUAUAUCCCCCGGAAUGCCGACCCCAAGGCGCACACUACAACGCCACCACGAACCAAGCGUACCCCGACCCGCUGCAGCGCGCUGUCGACCACGACAAUGGCAACCGCGACUAUGACCCCGACGUGUCGCUGCCGCAGUCACCGACUCGAGAAGCCAUUGAACGACACUUUGCGCGAACCAACAUGGAGAUCGUCGUGAUCCUGGAAGGUGAAGACAGCACGACGUCCAACACGGCACAGGCGCGCCACUCGUAUCGGCUCAGUGACAUUGUGUGGGACCACAUGUUUGCCCGAUGCGUCAAGCGGCACCCCGAGACGAAAGGCGUCUGGAUCGACUUCGAUGAGUUCCACGAUCUCGUUUCCGUGUCGACGAACGCAGGAGUAGUUGUCGGGACCGCGUCGGUCUUUUGACGGGGUGGCUGGAUGCAACAACGUACGUUGUCGAGUCCAUGCGCACACCCCUCGGCACGUGAUCGUGCAUUGUAUGCACUGCCUCCUGACCGUACCCCCCUAGAAUGGACCAGAAAGUGUAAACUUGUCAAAGCGAUGCCAAAAUGCGUGCGCGCCCACCCAAAUAUACGCAUGCCCUUUGUUGGCUCUCCAUGUAGUACCAGACAUGCUGCAAACACGCGCCGUCGAAGCGAUGGUUGUGCAAGAGGAGCGAGCCGUCCCGUUGUGAUGUUGACAACGGCGCAGUCGUCCCUGGUGGUGCGUGGACACAGC